UCUGGACCCGUUUAUUACCAAGGUCCAGGCACUAGGGCACAGACUUGCUGCCUCUCUUUUCUCUGUACUCUCCAUUACAAUCCUGCCUGUUUGUUGUACCUGAAAGGACUGCUACAUUUUCACCAGCACUGGACACCCGGCCCAUGCUUUAGCAUGGCUGACCGCACCGUUCCCCAUGCUUACCCCAUGAGUAUGAACUAUGAGAUGUGUACUCCUGCACGGAUUUAUGACCAGAACUUUGCAGAAGCCCUGUCCCCUCAGGACCUGAUGGCCCCAGUUUUGUACCAUGGUUACUACAUCCGGCCUCGCAUCAACAAGCAGCUAGAAAGGGGCUUCUCCCAAGUAAACAGCGACGAUGACUGGUACCGCAUUCAGCUGGACGUCUGCCACUUCACUCCAGAUGAGCUCAAUGUACGAACAGUGGACAACCUGCUGGAGGUCACCGGCCGCCACGCGCAAAGAAUGGAUGACCACGGCUUUGUGAGCCGAGAGUUCACGCGUACCUACAUCCUUCCCAUGGGCGUGGACCCACUUCUGCUCCAGGUCUCCCUUUCACAUGAUGGGAUACUGUGUAUUCAGGCACCAAGGAAGCUUGAAGAUUUGGAGCCUAAGAUUAAUCAGCUCAAGAUCAAAAUGGACAAGAAAGGAGAGAAUAGCAGCUAAAAUGGCUUAUUAUAGAUAAAGAUAUUUUUGCUUAAGGAAGUAACAUUGGUUUUAGGUGAGGAACAAAGGUAAUAACCAACCUACUGUACCUGAUCUCAUAUCUCCGCUCACUUCCUCAAACAGCUUUGCCUUGGGAAAGUCCAUGCAGUGGCAAAGAGUUACCACUUUACAAUGGCAAUAUCUGUCUGAAUUUAGCCCAAUUGUUUUAUUUGUGAAAUCCUCUGUCUCUCUCACUAACAUCAGUGGAUUAAAGGUCAUAUCAGGGUCUAUUUUUUUUGGGCUGUUGCUGCAAGAACACUAAGAAAUGUCAGCAAUGAAAAAGAACAUUUGGUACAGUGCCACAGUUCUAUAUGUAAUCUGUUGCACUUUUAUUUUCUGAUUCACUUUAAUGAAAUAUGCCUUUAUAGUUAAUUUACUCCUUUAAUAUAGUAAAACCCCUCUCUUUGCAUAUCUCAUAUUAGGAAGACAGAUAGCAGGGACAGCCAUACUUUAGGACCACUGCAACAAGGUUAAGGCCUUACUCAAGGGGCCAAGAAUGUCAUCUUAGUGGACCUGGUUAUUAAACUCUAUAAUCAAUAACUUUAACAUCUCUGACCAUAUUAAAAACACAUAUGUUGCAUAUGUUGAAAUAUGUUGCAAGUAUUAUUUGUAACAGCCAACAACCAAAACCAGUGUGAUAAUACAUGCUAUACCUUUAUCAUUUCAAAUGUAUGUGUUAGUGCUUUUGAACAAAUAAGCACUUACUGCUCAGAUGCAUUGCUUUUGCAAAGCAUUUUAGUAUCUCCUGACUCCUGGAGAUACCAGUUUUUGUUAAGAGCAACUAGGAACUUGGAAAAGCAUUAAAUAUCUUUUUGAUAUUACUAAUAAACUCUAGACUCUUAUAGA